AUGGGCGAUAGACUUGAGGUAUGCUCUCAAGCACCUCCGGUGACACAGGUAGAGCUGUAAGGUAUAUUGGAGGUUUCACGAUGAAAAUAUUUUUGGAUACACACAAUGCAUUUUGAGAGGUAUACUCGUCGACAUAUUAUGGUUAUACUUCCGAUUCGUUUGUGGCCAACCUGCUUUCAUCGCCUUUUACGCCUGUUCAGCACUGUUGAAAGCUUUCUGGCGGUUCAGUAAAAUUCUCUGUGAGUUUUAUUCCACUCUAAUCUCGAGCUUCUCUGUUCCAAGAAAACCCCGUGUUUUUGUCAUCAUUUAUUUGCAAGUUAGUUAGAAAAUUAUGAUUCUGUGCCUAGCCUCACACCUUUCGCUUCGAAAAUCCCAAAGGCGUUGUUGAUUAGAGGAGCAAUAAAUGAGCUUACACGGACUGAAAACACUUGAUUGGGAGGGUGACGAGCGGAGUCAUUUCAGUAGAGAUUCUGUCGUCUCGCCUAAUGGAAACGCCUCAGGGGGCGGCUAACAUUUUUCUUUUUUCAUGAUGAUGUUGCACUUCCAACUCGAGAGACUCGAAAAGCUACAAGGGCAAAUUCAGUAAUUGUCAUGGUUUACGGCUUUGCGAUGCUUCUGGGGUAUUCUGUAGAGGCCUUUGUGGAAAACCAAGAAAAAAAAACAAUAUAUAAUAAGGGCACCCCUUGAAGCCUUUAUGCCAAGGUUUUUUUUUGAAUGAUUCAAAAAAAUCUUAGUUUCAAUUUGAAACCGUCUCGUCUAAUGAAAAAGUUUUUUACAAAAAAUUUUGGGCUCAUAAAUUUUUCCUUGUUACUUUACUUAGGUUUACUCAGUUUCUUGUUUCUUGAAGGGCUAAAUCAUCAGUUUUUGUCAAGUUCGAAACUUAUUGAAAUAGCCUCUUGGUGAAUGAUAAUGACUGGUUCUUUGCCGAUACCCCCCUGAUCCGAAUAUUUUUCGAAGAUCUCAUAGAAUCAAAAGUUGAAGAGGAGCCGAGAACCGUCUGGCCCAAGUAGAUAUGAAGAAGUGAGUGCGGCGGGAGGUAGGCGUCGGAGCGGAAGAGAAGGCGAGAGAGCAUUGUUGGAAGCUGAGCGGCCGCUCGCUCACGCACUCACAGGCAAAAGCUCGCCACUACUACUACUAGGAGCAGGCAGCCGCGCCGCGACGCGUACGCUCCGCUCCGUGGCUCCUCUCGAGCUCUUUGAAUCAACUACCGCCGGAGCUUCUCUGCCGUUUUUGUCGUAUCACUCGACCUGCCUCGUUGAACUCAGUUCGAGCGUGAUGGCCAACGCAAAAAAAAAAACUUGUUGCAAUUAUCAUCCGUUUUCCUCUUACUUUCCGCCGUUCCCAAGGCCGUUGUCCUCCAUUGUUCCAUGUUCUCAAGGAGCUAUCGAAAACAUUUUUCUCUUCGGAAAUACUCUCCUUCCCACUUUGUUUGCCGCAUUCUCUCUGAAUUAACAACAUAAAUUGUUGGUCUGUUAUACGUACGAAAUUUUUCUGGUUUGGACUCAUACCUGCUAUCAAACUAGGAAAAAAUGGGACGAGACUUUGACUAUUUGACUCGAACAAACAUUUGAAGAUUUUUUUAUUUCGUUUUAGUAUCGUUUUUUUCAUGACAAAUGAUGUAAAAAGAAAUUUCAUAAAACCUUGAAAGUUUAAAAAUUUAAUCGAUGUUGCUCUGUUUUGUUUCAUAGAAAGCGAAACGGACUUUGAAGAAGCAGUCAAAGAAGAAAAAUUUUUGUUUUUUUUGACUUUUUUUGGUGUGCUCCAGCAGGAAGUUCAGCUCACGCAACAUAUAAUUUUCCUGCAAUUGAUAGUUUCUCCGCCGUUUAUCGAGUUAAGAGAUAAUAAAAAAAAGAGCUUCACAAUCUCUAUCAAUAAAUUGUGCACAUUUUAUAUUAAAUUAUAAACAUGGUACUUUUCUCUGACAGACUUUUUUUCUUCACCCUGAAAGUAUUAAAAUCUUCUAGGUGUUUUCGGACAUUUAUAAUGAUUCAUUACAAAAUUUUCUCAUCAGAUGUAUUCUAGAAUUUUCCUGCGUAAGUUUUGUCUCUGUGUAAAUAGCACGCUCUUCUCUCGCUUUAAAUAUUUUUUGUUAACUGAAACUCUGGUGCAAAUUUCAGUAAAUGGGCAAAAUCGCGAAUUCUCCCAAAGCUAGUCCUGGGUUUUUUUUUUCUGUUACAUGCUACAAAAUUAUUCCUAUUACUUUGUCCACUGCCCAGAGGGUCGCAAAUGAGAAAAAUAAAUUUGCGAUAAAUAACUUUUUGAAAAAAAAAAAUUUUUCUGAGAGUGUGCUAAGACUUUUCUCUUUUUUUUUUCUUCACUUUCCCGCUCUUGGACCUUUUCUAAAGCUUUCCUGUAAUCUUUUGAAGCGUCGUUUCCAGAAGUUUUCAUGCGUUGGCUCUUUUUUUCGUUCCUUGAUAAGCUUCAUUUGCGUUUUCAACACUGAUUUCGAAAAGUUUUCGAUACUCAUUCCAGGUUCUGAGAGGUCCGCAACGCCAAGAAAGGAGAUGUGGUCUGGCGUCGGGUCGUGAUGGAGCCGCAGACGGCGACCGAGGCCUGCUGCGGAGCCACAGCCCGUGGACUCGACAUGUUCAAUCGCCGAGGUUCCGUCAUCGCUGUCGUCAUUGGAGGUCUUCUACUCACCCGUGAAAAAGUCUUCGAAGUGCCUUUGAAGCCAUCUGAUUGCAUUUGAGACGCAAAAAGAAAAAAAAAAUAGGAAAAAAAAGGGCUUCUGGGGCAAGUCGAGCUAAUGCUUUAACACCCUUUUCUGUCAAUGUAGUAGUUUAAUGAAUGAUAUGAACAUGUACUAUUUUUUUCCCGAGAAAAAAAUGAAUAAAUAAAAAAAGGUGACUAAGCUUUUUAGCGAAAAUUGAAAAAAGAAGCUCAGAACAUGGUUUUUUUUUUUGAUAAUUCAAAUCUUGAAGUAGGGUUGCAAAAAUUUGUAGCGAUUUCAAACAUUCUUUCACAUUUUGUAUUUUAGUCACGUAAUUAAUCUGGUUAUAAACCCGUAGUUUGAAGUUAGUGUACCAAAAAGCUGUGCGAAAGUUUAAAAAAUAAUGAUGGCUCGGAAAGUCGAAUUUAGUAAAAUGUUAUAGGGUUCUCCUACUAAGAAAAUUACUAACAGACGCUCACGACUUUAUUAGGAUGAACUAAUAUUUCUCAGAAACUCGCUUCUCGAAAUUUUGCGCUUCAAUGUGAAUGGUGACCUUCUUUGUUCUGUGGUGGAGCUUAUAAGCUUAACUUUCGAUUAAAUCUUUGGCACGUUUUUUCUCAAAGGCUGGAGCUGCUACCUGUUGCAUCACCACCUGCGAAUGGCAUCAGUCGUUUCCAGGUAACACAGCCGACGUUCUUCCGUGUCCGUCGACGUCGUCGUCGAUGAUUCCGUCGGACCAGCCGUCCACAAACUCAGACCCCGAUUCUCACGCUCAUCUCGAUCCUCAUUCGUACGUUUCCAUUCAACCUGCGCACAAAAAAAAAUGAAUUUAUUCUAUUGAUGUUGCAGAAAAAUUGAAAAUUUUUUGAAAAUCUUUAAAUAAAAUAGGUAUCUGAAAAUGAAGCCAUCGACAAAAAAAAGCUUAUUUUUUCGCACAACUGUUUCCUCAUGCCUGCACUAGAAAUAUUGGUCACAAUUUUAAAAAAAAAACUUUAAAAAAUAAAAAUAAGAAAAAGAUUCUGAUAGCGGCUCAUUUCUUCGCGACUCUGUUUUCCCAACGAUAUGCGGAAUAAAAAACGUUUUGCGAAUGGUUUUUGAUUUUAGAGACUGGCGACCCCCUUAUCCGCGGCUGACGGCCUUCCACGACUGCUUAUCUCUGGCUUCGGCUUGGUCUCUCGGCAUUCAUCCGAAUUGGCUCGACGACAAGCCCACAGGUCUCUCCACUCUUUUUUCGGGUUUCCUACGGUUCCAUUUGGAGGCGCGAGUCAGGCUCAGUCUCCAUGUGAGGACGACUCCGGCGACGGAAAGUUCAACGAACUUCUCGCCAGUUGUCCAGCUUUCAGGUACGUUCUUCAAAGUCAAUUUUCUCUAAUUCUGUUUUGCCACGAAACUAGGGAUUUCCCAGACUUUUUCUGAAAAAAUCUUGAAAAUUUGUCAAUUUGAAGUGUACAUUUUUCUCAAACUUCACCUUAUAUUGCCAAGUUUCAAAAAAAUUUAAUCAGAUAGUUUUUCAUUUUCUUAUUGCUUCACUGGCUUCUCUUUAAAAUGGCCUUGAGACUUUCAGACGGUAGUUUUAGUUUAAAAUGGACAAACUAAAAAAAGGGCUGCUGUUUUAAGUAGGUUCUGGUGGUAAAAAAAAAUUGACAGCGCUCUUUCCAAAAACUGUUUUUGGUAGCUUUACAUUGAAGUCUGAGCGUUUUUGGAUGGAAACGGGGAUAAAACUACAGAAACGAGCUCGGACUGGAGCCGACGAGAAGACUGGCUCUGUCGCGGUACACUUACGACGGCGUGGUGGAGGCUCACGAAUGCGAGAGUUGGAUGAGAGAACACGCGGCCGCCGAAGCGGGAAUCCUCGAGGACGUGUCCAACGUCUACCUCGGAGGCCGUCUCUGCGCCGCUCGACAGCCCAAGACCGUCAUCGAACCUCAGGACAUCGGCUCCUAUUAUUAUCGGCACUGCUUUGUCGGACGGGGUCUGUACUAAACUCCUGAACUGUUUUUUUUUUCGGUUUAAUUUGAUUGCACUGGUGUAAACUGCUCUACAUCAUAAUUUUGAACUUUAUUACGGUACCUUUGACGAUUGAAAGCUGCAGACUUGCAGAUGAAAAGUUGAAGAUUUGUUGCUGUUUUCUGAAAAUUGAGGGAAGCCAUUCUAGACGAUAUAUAUAUACUUUUUUUUUGGAACUCUGUGUUUGAGAAUUUUUCAAACUUUUCAAUUUCAAAAGUUUGAGUGGCUUUUGGAUUUUUCUACUGCAUUGAAAAAUCGAGCGAUAUUCGAGUAUAAUUAGAACUUUUUAAUUAUUUUUUCCGUGUUUUUCGCGUUAAAUUGGUUUUUCAAAAUCAUUUGAAACGUCUAAAAGAAAAGUUUCAAAGCAAAAAAAAAUUUAAAAACUAAAAACUGGAUUAUUUUUGUCUUACGAAUUUCUGUAUUUUGCAGCGCACGUGGAGUUCUUCGGCAUGGACGAAAUGCUGGGUCCUGUGGCGAUUUCGAUGGUCCGCGAGCAGAUCGACCGCAGAGACCAGGGCGCCGCCAUCUACCGUCUCAUCAUCCGAAUAAGCGACGUUUCAAACUUUCUCUUUCUUGCUUCUCAACCUCUUCGACUUCAGCAACGGACCAUGCGAGUCGCGGUUCCAGAAGACGCGCUAUCCGAGUCUUCGGAUAGGUCGACGCGGCCGCUGAUGAGAGAACUUCUAGAGAUUGUAAGUGUCCUUAAGAGGUCUUUCUGAUCUUUUCCCGGAAGGUCUGUCCGAGGAUAAGUUUCGGCACUUUGCGGCCGGCUCUCAACUCGCCUCGGGUCGAAGAACUUCUGAUGAAAAUCGACGAACAGCCAAUCUACACGCGGUAUAAAGUCGGCAUCAUGUUGUGCAAAGCGGGUCAGAGCACAGAGGAGCAGAUGUACAAUAAUGGUUGGCAUGAUUUUUUUUUUCGAGGGUUCCAAUCAAAUGUUUCAAGAGUCUUCCACGCCUGCUUUCGACGAGUUUCUCGACUUUUUAGGACAGCGAGUUCUUCUCAAGGGCUGGGAUCAAUACAAAGUGAGAAAAAAAGUUUGAAGUUGAACAAACGAAAAAAAAUAAACCAAUAUUACGAAUGGCAAAUGGGAAUUUCAUCUGAAUAGGUUGACUUAUUGUUGGUGCUACGAGAAGAGCGAGUUUUCCGUUUUAAAGAGUACUGUAUGCGAAAGUCCGAGUUAUCUAAAUGGGCUUUUUUUUUUUGCACUCUCGUUGCGUGACGUCAUCGCGAUGUCCAUCUGUGAAUUUUUUUAGGUUUAUUAUUUUCUUAUCAAUUUUUUAACUUUUUUUAAUGAAUCAGAAUGGAUAGAUAAUGUUCUUCGACUGAUUUCUUUCGUUUAAAUCCGUUUCGAUGUUUGAAAGCGUAAAACAAAAACGCGGAGUUGGACGUCGCGGGGACGUCACACAAAGUACACGCAUUGAAUUCGGACUUUCGCAUACAGUAAUCUUUGAAAUUGGAAAACUCAUUGCUCGUUGAAAACUCGUUGCACCUGAGGUUUACAUCUUUAUUUUACUAAACUUUAUAGGGUAAAAAGAAAAAAGUCGAAAACUUUCAGAGAAAGCUUUCUCAAGUGGAACAGGGUUGUUUUUGAAAUUUAAAAACACCAGGAAGAAACCGCGGUUUUUGAGUUUUUUCUGCAAAAGCCUGUCUGAUUCCCUAAUUUGGGAAGCCUAGAAGCUACCUCUUGCUUUUCGAAUACGCCUCUCUAGUUCUAUCUACCAAAACUGUUGUACUAUAUCUGCGAUUUGCGUUCCAAAAAAAUUAUAAACAACACAAAAUCCGCGCUUCGGACUUUUUUCCUAUCAUUUUUAGGAAAACAUGUUAGAAAAUGGUUUUAAAAGAGAGAAAGUUUCAAGGGAGGUCUGGAUACAAGAGGCGACACGACCGGGACGCAUUCAGUCUACUCGGAGUACCAGGCCCACGAGAUCAUGUUCCACGUCUCGACGCUUCUUCCCUUCACGCCCAGCAACCGUCAGCAAGUAAUGUUCUCCUUUCAAAAUCCAAAAAUAUGAAUUUUUCUUCAUUCGCUAUGUGUAAUACUCUUCUUUGUUUGAAAAGUUCCAGAAACUUCAUUUUCCGCUCUUAGACCUACGCUUAUUUAAGGAUAUGAUACAUUUUUUUCUUCGAAAUCAAACAUUUAAUAAUCCUUAGACCAGCUUGCAUAUGAGUUUUAUGUUAUGAUCAUUCAAUCUAUGCAAGUUUCAAGUUUAUUUGGUAAUAAAAAGCGUCAGUUUGAAACUAACUGAAAGAAAUUUUGAGAUAAAAACCGGAAAUGAAUGAUGAAUCCACAACUGAAGUGAUCUGAUAAUAAUUAUUAAAUUCUUUCAAUCUUCCUUUUUUCAUCGAAACUUCUCUUUUUUUAUUCUUGAAAAAAAGUAUGUUCCUUUUUAUGAGAUUAGUCUAAUCAUUACAUUCGUAUAAUUUAAGCUGUCUCGGAAGCGACACAUCGGUAAUGACAUGGUGACGAUCAUUUUCCAAGAGCCUGGAGCUCAGCCGUUCUCCCCAAUAACCGUCCGAAGCCACUUCCAACACGUCUUCAUCAUCGUCAGAACACACAAUGCCUGCACGGACAGCGUCAAUUACAGGUAUCCUAAGAUGAUCCGAACCCUCACCUUUCCAUUUUUCUCUUCAGCGUCGCUGUUUCAAGAUCUAAGGACGUGCCGCCAUUCGGACCGCCUGUGCCGAAGGGAGCCUGCUUUAGCAAAUGUGCAGAGUUCCACGACUGGCUUCUCACCAAAAGUAUUUCGAUGUAUUUUCUCGUCUCUAAAGCCUUUUUUUGGCAGUAAUCAAUGCCGAAAAUGCGGUUCAUCGGUCAAAAAAAUUUGCGACGAUGGCCGCGCGGACGCGGAAAGAAGCUUUGAGAGACCUCGUCGAAAACUACGUCGGCUCACAUCAGAACGAAGGAGCCAGCAAGAUCGCUAGUUCGUUCCCGUCUUUUUCAUGAAUUUCCUCAUUUUCCUUCAAGUUUUGAAGAGGUCCUCGCUAGAAAUUCAGUACAUUGCAAAUCAUUCCUUUCGUUUGACUAGCUUCAAAAAGAUUUUAUCACUUUAUCAUCUUCAAAUUUUAUCCAUAUCAUUAUUCGAAUAAAUAAAAAACACGCAUAUACAGCAGAUCCAUGUUUUUCACUAUUUUUUAAAACUUUGACAGUAAUUCUUUUUGGAAAAGCCGAGUCAGCAGAUAAUCAAUUAAAAACCUUUUCGCUCAAGUAUCUUUCCACUCUUGAGUCUUCGAAGUUUUCUGAGCCUGUCUCUCACAGAAACCCCUAACAGUCCAAUUAAUUAAGUCUCACGUUGUUCAUCAAAUGGUCUUUCAACUCAGCUUUCCUGUUGCAGGUCGGUUUCUCGGCGGCAGCGUGAAACGACGUGAACGCCACAAUCCGAAGCCGUCGCAGGCCCCGAUGCGAGGAGCUCUCUCGUGGCUCGUCGACGUUCAUGACUACUCUACCAACCAGGUCGCUCCUCUCACUCAGCUCCUCUCUUUCAUGCCGCAACUUCAGAGGGUGAGCUGCGUUUUGGGAGUGUCUCAAGACGCCGUCGUUCUUCUCGAAAGGCCGUCUGGAGCCGUCAUUUUCACCACGCCUACUCACUCGAUCAUUGGCUGGGCCAACACAGAUAUGGGGUUUGUUUUGAUGUAUGAUGAUGAUCUGGGAAACUAUCGCAAAAGUUUCUAUACUAGCUACCCUCAGCAGAUUUCACAAAAAUAAUUGAAGUUCUUUCUUCUCGGAAGUCUGUCAAAACUUGUCAAAUCGGUCCCCAGCUUAUUUUAUCCUCAGUUGGGCUCUCCGAACUUCAACGAUGUGGUUUACUAAGUUGGUUAUUGCAGUUUAAAACUUUACUACGACCAUGGCGAUCAGCUGCUGCUGCGCUGCUACGCCGAAACGGGUACUGAUACGGAGUUGAACGAGUUGCUGAGGCGGCUCGAACAGGUCACCAAGGGCGACGAAGCAAAAGAGGCAAGUUUGGCCUCGAAGAAAUCACCUUGUUCGGUUGCAGGUCGUGCUUCGACGACCUCGAACCACGGAUCCAUGGGGAUUCCACGUGCAGGACGAAGGCGUCGUCACGGACGUCGAGAUGUACCAGACGGCGUGGCGAGCCGGAAUCCGACAAGGAAGUCGCAUCGUCGAGGUACUCAUACGGACCAGCACACACUUCCUCGUCGUGUGCUGUCGUGUUCACGAGGUCUCCCUUUGACAGAUAGUCCCCGCUCAGAUCGAUGCGAUGCCCAUGUCGACCCUCACGCUGGACAAGAUCUGCGACCAGCUCGCCGUCAGCGAGUGUGUCCGACUUCUGCUCAUUUCUCCGUCGCAGGAUGGUUCGCCUAGAAGAGGGUCAGUUUUUAAAUUCGUCUUUCAAAUUCUCUAAGUUUUCUUCGCGAAAUCCCUUUGAAGCAUUGUUAAAUUUCAUAAUAUAUGUAGAAUAGAUGAUCUUACACUUUAUCAGAGACAGAUCAAUUCAAAGAAAGUAAAAUGAAACUGUUUGCAGCUGUGAAGAUCCUAACUGUCCGGCUAUGAAAGGAAUCGAACAGAUGCUCACGCCGGACGCGUUUGCGAAGCAACCGAUCACGUAGGUUUUCCUGUCAACGUUUUUUUUGCUAGGAAAAUAUAUAAAAAACUUUUCAUAAAGUUUUUCCCUAAUUUCAAGUUUAAUUUUCCACUUUUCAAAAAGUUUGGUUUUAUGUAGAGUUUUUCAGAAUAUCACCCUUCUUCGAAAAAUCGUAUACCUGAAGCUAGAAGUUUAUCAAUUAUAACCUUCAGAGAUUAUUUGAAAAAAAUGUGUAGGAAAUUUCAAACCUCAAACUGUUUUCAUUCCAAGAUCCCGAUGAUGAUUAUUCUUGUUUCAGGUAUCAGGAAAUGUUCAGGAUGCGAAAUCGGGAGUACGCAAACAGUUCGAGCAGUAGUCCCGCUUCCUCCUUCGACGAGCGGACCUUCAGUUUCAGCACUCGCAAAUCGGAAGCGCGGAACAGCAACUCGAGGUUCUAUUGAGCUUGCUGCCUUCCGAAAGAACGCCGAGAUUCCAGCGUGCCGUCUCCGCGGUCAACAGCCGUCACUAGCAGUUCUGUUCACGAACACAUGUGUACACUGCUCAAUGCUCCGAAGAGUCUCAACCGCGCUCAGUCCGACGAACAGCUCAGGUCUCCGCUGGUCGAGGACAUCGGAAGAAAGGUUUCCGGAGAAGACAGGUCUUGGAGACGUCAGCAAUUGCAGGCUCCGUUGUCCGCGAGGGAGUCGACCAACGACCGGGAGAGCAGCGAGUUGCUCCGCGUACAGGCGCAUCUGGAGAGGACGGUGCAGGAAAAACGGGCCUUGGAGAUGCUCGCUCAGCAGCUUCGCAAACAACUAAUCCAUGUAACAUUUUGUCGAUAAGGAAACAUGCAAACGACAGUAGUGGCCAGCUACUUUUUUUUUCGAAAUUUGUUUAACGCGUUACGCCUAAAACCUCUCAUAAUUAUUUUUUGAAGGAACGAGCUUCAAAGACGAAAAUUCGGUUUUUAAUGUUGUUUAAAAUGUUGAGGUAGAAGAACUAAAUUUUCUGAAACCUAAUAGCAUAGAUAAGCGUAAUUGAAAAGAUUUUUUGAGCUUUGUGACAAGAUUUUUUCUGAUCGUUAAAUAAGAAUAAUUCCAAUUGAUCCCGUUUUUCAUAUGUACCUCGAACAUUUCAAGAGGAUGUUUUCUUUCUUACGAUGAUGAUUCAAAUUCUUACAGGAACGACAAGCUCACGAGAACACCCGACGGGAGAUGGAGCGACUGAAAAAGAUGUACGAAAAGAAGUGA